CUCCCCGCUCCCCAUUGGCCGCCGCCGGCGCCGCUCCCGAGCCCAUUGGCUGCCGGGCCGCGGCCGGCUCCCCAUAAGGGGUCCGCGGGGCUGGCUGGGCUGCAGCCGCGGGAGCUGGGCCGGCAGCGGGGAGCAGCGAGCGGGCAGCCGGGCCCCGUGCCGAGGAUGCUGCUGCUGGUGUGGUUGCUGCCGCUGGCGUGGCCCGGCGAGGGCUCCCAGCGCGGCGAGCCGAUGUUCACAGCCGUCACCAGCCGUGUCCUCCCGCCCGACUACGACAGCAACCCCACGCAGCUCAACUAUGGCGUGGCCGUCACCGACGUGGACGCUGACGGGGACUUGGAGAUCGUGGUGGCAGGGUACAACGGGCCCAACCUGGUGCUGAAGUAUGACCGGGCGCAGCAGCGGCUGGUGAACCUGGCACCAGACGAGCGCAGCUCCCCAUACUACGCGCUGCGGGAUCGCCAGGGCAAUGCCAUCGGGGUGACGGCCUGCGACAUCGACGGGGACGGGCGCGAGGAGAUCUACUUCCUCAACACCAACAACGCCUUCUCGGGUCUGGCCACCUACACGGACAAGCUGUUCAAGUUCCGGGCUGGGCGCUGGGAGGACCUCCUGAGCGACGAGGUGAACCGGGCAGUGGCCAGCCGCUUCGCCGGGCGCUCGGUGGCCUGCGUGGACAGGGCGGGCUCCGGCCGAUACGCCAUCUACAUCGCCAACUACGCCAAUGGCAACCUGGGCCCCCACGCGCUGCUGGAGAUGGACGUGGCCGCCAGCGACCCUGCUCGCGGCAUCGUGGUGCUGACUGACGUCGCCGCCGAGGCCGGGGUCAACAAAUACACAGGCGGCCGGGGGGUGGCGGUGGGCCCCAUCCUGAGCACCAGCGCCUCGGACAUAUUCUGCGAUAACGAGAAUGGGCCCAACUUCCUCUUCCACAACCAGGGGGACGGCAGCUUCGUCGACGCAGCUGCCAGCGUCGGCCUGGAUGACCCCUACCAGCACGGCCGUGGCGUGGCCCUGGCCGACUUCAACCGUGACGGCAAAGUGGACAUCGUCUACGGCAACUGGAAUGGGCCCCACCGCCUCUACCUGCAGAUGAGCGCCAGCGGGCGGGUCCGCUUCCGGGACAUCGCCACGCCCAAGUUCUCCAUGCCGUCCCCCGUCCGCACCGUCCUCGCGGCCGACUUCGACAACGACCAGGAGCUGGAGGUGUUCUUCAACAACAUCGCAUACCGGGGCUCCUCCGCCAACCGCCUCUUCCGGAUCAUCCGCAGGGAGCACUUGGACCCCGUGAUCGAGGAGCUGAACCCAGGAGAUGCCAUGGAGCCCGAGGGCCGGGGCACUGGGGGUGCAGUGACUGACUUCGAUGGCGAUGGGCUGCUGGACCUGAUCCUGUCCCACGGCGAGUCCAUGGCGCAGCCGCUCUCUGUCUUCAGGGGCACCCAGGGCGCUGGCAAUAACUGGCUCCGCGUCAUCCCACGCACCCGCUUCGGGGCCUUUGCUCGGGGGGCCAGGGUGGUGCUGUUCACCCAGCGCAGUGGGGCGCACCUGCGCAUCAUCGACGGUGGCUCGGGCUACCUGUGCGAGAUGGAGCCCGUGGCGCACUUCGGCCUAGGCCGGGACGAAGCCAGCAGCCUGGAGGUGACGUGGCCGGAUGGCAGGGUCGUGACCCGGGCUGUGGCCAGCAGUGAGACCAACUCGGUGCUGGAAAUCCCCUACCCCCAGGGUGCUGAGGGGCAGCUCCCGCCCACCUCGCUGGAGACACGGACGAGUGUGCCGAGUUCCCCUUCGUGUGCCCCCGGGAAAAGCCGCUCUGCACCAACACCUACGGCGGGUACCGGUGCCGCAGCAACCGGCGCUGCAGCAGGGGCUUCGAGCCCAGCGAGGACGGCACGGCCUGCGUGGACAUUGACGAGUGUGCCCGGGGGCUGCAUGCCUGCAGCCAGCUCUGCACCAACACCCCAGGGGCCUUCGCCUGCCGCUGCCGCCCGGGCUUCCGGCCUGACGCCCACGCCGCCGGCCAGUGCCUGGAUGUGGACGAGUGCCGGGAGCAGCAGGGGCUGUGCGACCACGUCUGCCACAAUGACCAGGGCUCCUUCCACUGCCACUGCCACAGCGGCUUCUCCCUGGGCCCCGACCGGCGCCGCUGCCUGCGCCCCUAGCCCCGGGCAGCCCCCACGCCCCGGGCAGCCCCCACGCCCAGAGCAGCCCCAUGCCCCGGGCAGCCCCCACACCCACUGCAACCACCAUCCCACGGCAGCCCCUCGCCCACUGCAACCCAUAGCCCCGGGCCGCCCCACGCCCACGGCAGCCCCCACGCCCACGGCAGCCCCUCGCCCACUGCAACCCCUAGCCCCGGGCCGCCCCACGCCCACGGCAGCCCCCACGCCCACUGCAACCACCAUCCCACAGCAGCCCCACGCCCACUGUAAUCACCAUCCCACGGCAGCCCCUCGCCCACUGCAACCCCCACACCCAGGGCAGCCCCCACGCCCACUGUAACCACCAUCCCACGGCAGCCCCUCACCCACUGCAACCCCUGGCCCCGGGCCACCCCACACCCACGGCAACCCCCAGACCCACUGCAGCCCCCACGUCCCGGGCCACCCCCAGGCCCAGUGCAGCCCCACACCCAGGGCAGCGACCAUCCCACUGCAGCCCCUAGCCCUGGGCUGCCCCAGACCCACAGCAACCCCCAGACCCACUGCAGCCCCUGGGGGCACCGAGGGAACAAGUCCCCAGCUGCAGGGGCCGUGCACCCCUGGCUCCUUCCCCCUGCGGCCUGGCCUCCCCUCCAGCCGGCGUAGGGCUCUGGCCCAGCCGGGGCUGCUCAUGCCUGGUGCUGGAUGAAUGAAGCGUUUCCCGGCUGACGCAGUCCUCGGCCCGUCACACCAGCCCCGGCCUGGGCCGAACGUCCUGCCCGCAGACAGUCGCUCCCUGCCCCACACCAGGCUGAAGCCCCCCUUCCCCCGCACUGAUUUUCCCUCCGUCCCUGUUUUCCCGUGUGAUUUCCUGCCCCUUGUUCUUUGCCAUUCUGGGUGCCACCUGGCCAGCCCCGAUCUGCCCUGGCCCCAGCUGUCACCCCCCGUCUAGUCCCCUUUCCCCUUCUCCUGAAUGUGCCCCCCCUUCCCCACGCCUUCCUCUGGCCCCCUGUCUGUUCCGUCGCCCCCUGCUGGAUUUGUGUUCCCGAGGGCCCCCCCCCCCCCGGGCUCCCCUGGCAGUGCAGCGUGUGCUGGGGGUGCAGGCGCCGACGGGGGCUGUACAGCGCCCUGCACGGACUCCCAGCUGCAGUGCUGCCUUUUACCACCAGGUGGGGCCAGGGGAGCUAGCUGGGGGGAGCAGGAUGGAGCGGGGCCCCAGGCAGGGGGGUUACGUGAGCCAGGGGAGAGACCCCCAGCAGCUGCCUGCCCCCAGGGGGCUGGUUUCCCUGGACCUAGCUCUGGGCCAGCCCCGGUACCAGCGGGCUCCCCAGCCCUGCGAUUGUGGUGUUAGGUCCAGACCAGGCCUGCUGCCCGGCUGCCGCCCCCAGGCCAGGAGAGGCCCCCCCCAGCCAGCAGGGCCCCCGCUGCCCGCUUCCCUCGUCCCCUCGACGCGGGAGGAAGUGGUGCAGACAGCUGGGCUGGCAGCACAAGGUUUAUUGUGUGUCCGGAGGGGGCAGGGGGGGGCGGGGCCGUUCCCAGUGCUCUGUGCCCCCAGCCUGCUCUCCCAGAGCCCUCUGAGAGCGAUACCUGCUCAGCCCUGCCCGCGGGCCCUGCCCCAUCGCCCCUCUGCCCCAGGCUCUGCAGCGCCCCCUGCUGCGUAUCAUCCCGGCCAGGGAACCUCACCUGUCAUCCUCUGCCCCAUUCCCUGCAGUGCCCCAGCCCCAUAGGGCCGGGCCUGGCUCUCCUCUCUAGCCCCAUCCCUGCCCCUACUGGAGCUGGCCCGGCUCAGGGCACCCCCCAGCCCAGGCAGGACGCGGGGGGGCACCUUCCAGGAAAACUGCCUUGGGGGGGCGCCCCUGAUGGGGCUGAUGGGUCGCUCGUCCCCCGUGGGUAGGGUCAGCACUUUAAGCUUUGAUGGGGGCACAAAGCCCCCAGGACACGGCCCCAGCACUGGGGUGGGGCGGUUCAUGCUGCGGGAAGCGACGGGCUCAUGCAGGGGACGUGCGGGGAAGGGACGGGGAGCAGGCAGGGCGGGGCCGGGCUCCAAUCCCUUUGGCUGAGGAGGAGUUUGGCAAGGGAUGGUGACCCCCUGGGAUGUGCCGUCACCGCCCAGCCCCUCCCUCUCCCCCGCACGUCCACCAGUGUCCCCAAUGGGCUCAUUCACGCGGGGCAGGUGCCUGGACAGCUAAGGCGGAUGGUGCCCCAGGGCCCCACCAAGCCGGGUCUCUGGCCCGAAGCAGCUGGGAAUGGAGUGGGAGUCGUUAGCUGGGAGGGGAUUGCGGAGGGGGGAGGACAUGGCCUGGGGUGGGAGGCCCAGCGCCCCGUACAGGGCGGUGCCUAGGGCUUGGCCAGCCACAGCAGGGCCGUGCAGACGCCGUGUGCCGGGGCUACACUCCCUGCAGCAGGAGCAGCGGCCGGCAGCCCCCCCGGGGCAGGAUGCCCCCGCUGCCCCCCUCUGCAGCUCCUUCAGCUCUUGGCUUUAUGGGAGGGGGAUGCCCCAGGGGGCACUGCCCAGGGCAUGGGCUGGGGGCAAGUCCUGGGACAGGCCCAUUGGCUCUGGGCUGGGCUGGCUACCAAGGGGCCCCACGGGGCUCAGCCCAAGGCGCCCUCGCCCCGCUCCGGCAGCAGGUCUCCGCUGGGUCCCCGCAGCCCCUCCCUCCCGGGGGUGCUCAGAAGCGGGUGCUCUGGUACCGCAGCCGGCGGAGCUCGGCGAGGCCUUCGUCCCUGCAGGGACUCCCUGCCAGUCACCGGCCCCCCCCGCCCCCGCUGCUGGUGCUGCCGCUGCUGGUGCUGCCGCUGCUGCAUCUGUCCUCAUAGAUGGAGAUCUCGAUCUGGGCCCAGGCUAAGGACAGACAGCAGGACAAGGGGGGACGGGCAGGCAGGGCUGUGCCAGUAUCUGCUCCCAGUUCCCAGGGUCAGCCGGGGCCCUCCAGCCCUGUGCCCCGGGGGGACUGGGGGGGGUAGCUGAGUGCCAGGGCAGGGGCCAGUCUUGGGCUCGGGGCAGAGCUGGCGUUGCAGAGAGGGGCCCGUUUGCUGCAGCCACGUGCACCACUGUCAGAGCAUCGCGCCGGGCAGCGGUGCCUGUGCCCAUCCCACCAGGCUCACCCAUGCCCACCUUCCCUGCCCAUCCCUGCCCUGUGCCCACCCGCCCGUCCGUCCCAGGAGGAUACGACCCGCAUGCCCCGCUCCACGGGGUCGGUGAGCAGCAGGCCCCGUGGCGCAUACACCUGCUCGUUCUGCUCCUGGAUGUACUUGGAGAUCUUCUUCAGCACCUGCGAGGGCAAAGGGGACAGCCCAGUCAGCACCGCGUGCCCAGGGGCACCUGGGUGACUCCCUGGCCCGGGACACCAGCUUGCAUCCUUCCCUGGCCCAGGGCACCAGCCUGCAUCCUUCCCUGGCAGGGGAUCGGGCCCUUUGCCUGUGCUGCCUGUCACUGAGGCUAACCAGCACACCCGCCCCACUGCGCCCGCCCCACAGCAACAGCCUCUGGGGGCAGGUCACUGUCCGCUUGGGAAAGGGGGAGAUCCUGGGAACAGCGAGGGGGGACGACAGGCCCACGUUCACAGUCAGGGGCAGAGCUGGGUUAGAACCCAGGAGUCCUGGCUCCCAGCCCCAGCACCUGGGUCCCGCUAAGGGGCAAGUCUGCGAGGCCGCCAAGGGCUCCGCCGGCUGGACAACGGGGCUGAGAUUUACCUGCUUCAAACUCGCUCUUGGGCGGCUACGUCUAAACUCAGCGGGAAGAGGCGCAACUGAUUAGUAGUUUUAUUAUUACUCCUCCAGCCACCAGGGUUUGUGUUUGGUGUGGACUGGAUGGGUCAGGAACCUACCGGGCUACGAAACCUUGUUAAUGAGACGCCAAAGCAAUAAACCAAUAGUCCUAGAGCUUCCUUUAUCCUAA